AUGGAAGUAGACGGAGAGGAAGGGCCCCUUGAUGAGGGGGGGGGCCCCUCUGGUGCUACGACCCAACUACAACGGUCCACUGGAAAACCUCCUUCUUUUUUCCUCUCCAAGGCAGACGAAUGCUUUUCUUCUUUCCCCCCCAACCUUGAGUUGGCUGUAAAGUUCCUCGAGAAGGGAGUCUCUGUACACCCCGACGAUGUUGAACUUUUGCAACGCCUUGCCGGCGAAUACUGCGAACUAGGGAGGGGAGAUGAAGCAAAAGAACUCCUUCAAAGAGCCAUUCAGCUGGAGGCAAGCCCAUUGAAGUUCCUUCAGAUGGCACAGCUCGAGGAAGGCGCUGCCUGUCUUUCUUUGUAUCGAACUGCUAUUUCUCUGUUGGAGUCUUCCUUGGCUUCUGCACAGUCUUCUUAUGUCGCUGCUGCUUCUAAGCACGGCAAGAAGUCCAAGGGGCCGGCUGCAGCAGCAGCAGCAGCAGAGGCACAGGAGAUAAAGGGCACUUUAGUGCGUGCUUACUGCUCCGUUGCUGAAUUAUAUCUAACGGAUCUUUGUGAAGAGGAGGAGGCAGAAGCAUCAGCAACUAGUGCUGUUCAAAAGGCGCUGGAGCUAGAUCCUGAGAGCCCUGAUGCUCUUCUAUGUGACGCACAACUUAAGAAGGUGCAGGACGAUGCUGAGGGUGCAAUACGUGCGGCGAAGUGUCUGUACAGCACACUGAAACGUUUGCAUAAGAGGGCAAUGAAGCAGAUGAUGAUAAAUGCAGAAGAUGAAUCCUGCUUAUUUACUUCACCAGAAGAAGAAGAUAGUGAUGCUUUUGUCUCUAUAGAGACAAGAGUUAAUGCAGCAAGAUUAUUUAUAGAUGUAGGGAUGGUUAAGCCGGCAUUAAAAGUACUAAAAGCUUGUCUAGAUGAAAAUGAUGAAGAUCCGCAGGUGUGGUUAGUCCUCUGCUGCGCUUUAUAUAAGUCUGAUGACUUUGAUAGUUGUCUUAGUGCCUUAGAUGAGCUAAAACAGCGGAUGAAGCGGUCUGGCAUCCCUGAAGAUCAUUCGAUGGCAGUGCACGAGAGGCAGCUGCGUGAGUUGUCGAAGAAAGCUCUCAAGGAGCAGGAGCAGCAGCAGGAGGUAGAGGAGCUAGAGGAGGAUGAGGAGGAGGACGACAACGAUGAUGCCUCCUCCGCCAACUACUCUUCCGAUGAUGAUCGUUAA